UUGCGGUAUCACUUACAUGAUAUUUACAUAACGACAACAUCACUGAAGAGAGAAACCGCUGAGGUCUCAACUAGGUUUGGCGUGAAAAUGGAGAAUGCUUCGCCGAUUUCGACUCUUUUCAGUCCUCCAAACAGAGUGAAAGGAAUGAAGAUCUUAAACAGAGAAGAAUUCAAAACUGUCCUCAGCCUUCCAGCUCUUCGAAUCGAAGCAAAGAAAUGUUCACUUUUCUUGAAGAAUCUAAGCCACUGCCUUCUGAAUCAGCCACGCAUGAGGAACAUUGUCCCAGAUUCAAGUGAAACGACGAAAAAAAUUAUUCUGCUACAUCCGCAGAAACCGCUCAACGCGUUAGAAGAACCAGAUCGAGAAUUCGCUCAAACCCAUGUAGCUGAAGAAACGACAUAUGAGUUGAUUUUAGGUUACGAACAUUGGACAGCUGAGCAAGUUUUAAGAGCGGUGUUGCCAGCUGAUAUCAGUGAAGUACCAUCUUCGUUUGAGACAAUCGGUCACGUAGCACAUGUGAAUCUGCGAGAUUCGCAGUUAGAUUACAGGAAGUUGAUCGGACAAGUCCUAUUGGACAAGAAUUCUCCUCAGAUCAAAACUGUUGUGAACAAGACAAACACUAUUCAUGAUGUCUUUCGCUUCUUCAAGAUGGAAGUUAUAGCAGGCGAAAAAAACUUAUACACAUCUGUAAAACAAGAUGGCUGUAUUUUUGAGUUUGACUUUUCAAAAGUGUAUUGGAAUUCCCGUCUUCAGACAGAGCACAGCCGUCUGGUUGAGUUCUUCGACUCUGAUGAUGUAGUGAGCGACAUGUUUGCAGGAGUUGGUCCGUUUGCUAUUCCUGCUGCAAAGAAAGGAUGCACUGUUUAUGGGAAUGAUUUGAAUCCUGCGUCAUAUGAAGCACUGUUAAAAAAUGCAAAGCUUAAUCACGUGGAAGAUAAAAUACACGCCUUUAAUAUGGAUGGCAGGGACUUUGUGAGAAAAAUUGUUCAGCUUUCAUUGCCGUCAUCAUCAUCAUCAUCAACUGAACAAAGCCUCCAUGAAAAUGGUAGUAAGACCCUGAAACCAUUUACUCACAUUGUUAUGAAUCUGCCUGCUAGCGCUGUUGAUUUUCUUGACGUUUUCCAGGGUCUUUACUCUGGAUGUAGAAAUGAAGUGCUUCCAAUGAUUCACUGCUAUUGCUUUUCCAAGUCCCAGUCUCCUGGCGAAGAUGCCAAAGAGCAAGUGGAGAAGAAACUGGGAAGUAGACUUUCAAGCCAGUGCUAUAUUCACUGUGUGCGUGACGUCUCUCCAAAGAAGGUUAUGGUUUGUGUUUCAUUUAAGUUACCUGAAUCAAUUGCCUUUGCUGAUGUCUCUGAAAUGUGCAACAAUGAUUCCAAAAGACUGAGAGAUGAUAGUGAUGAGCCUGUGAAAGCCGCCAAACAAGCAAAGUUGGAGCUUGAGUUAUAAGAGAACUGCAAGUAAUUGAAUCUUGUCAAAAGACAAAGUAUACAUAAUGCUUGUUCAUCUGUUGUUUUUGUUUUUUUUUUCUAUUUUAAUUUCAAGAACUUUUUUCAUCCAUUUAAAACAAUACAUGUAAAAGGACUUUGCUUCUAGUUGCUUUGUGUCUUAAAGGAAAUUUUCACUUAUUCCACUACAGCCUGUGUACCACAACACGCACGGCCUGUUAUCAUGUGUUAAAUGUUAGUCUUUCUUCAAGCUUUAUUACGCAAUAUGUAACUUUUUACUUGAAUCAUAUUUUACUGUGCAAUACAUCGUUUCAAGCCGGUGUCAGCUACAUUACUUGCAAAAAAUUUCGGACGGUUUUAAUUUCGGACAAAAAAGUGUCCGAGAAUAAAACCGUCCGAAAUUUGUAAGCGUCCGAAAUAUUUACAGUACAGUAAAAAAAAAUUAAAUAGCUCCAAAGCUCUUCGUUUCUUUUAUGAGGCGAACUCAAGUUGAGACACUUCUUGACAUACAUAAUGAUGAUGUAUGCAUGUAUCUGUAAAACCUGGAGGGGGCAGUAAAACUAUCAUUUUCACAGAUGUUGUUUCAGUCUAAUUCGUGUUUUGUAGGCGUAAAGUUACUUUAGCUGUGUUUAGUCAUAGUGUCCGAAACUUUUGUCCGAAAAUUCUCCAAAAUGAUAUAAAAAGUGUCCGAAAAUCAAACGUCCGUGCAUUGUUGCGCGUUCCUGGACGUGAAGAAGCUGGUGCGUUAUUUUACGUUCCGCGAAGAGGCGAGAGCGCUAUUUCUCGCUACGCAAAAAGAUCAGCGCCUUUGCUGAGCAAUCCCGCGUACUUCGGAUGCACUGGCCGAGUAAACUGUGGACACACUGAAUCAUCGGCCUGAAAUGUUUUCCUUUUGAACCAGAUGAGGAAAUCUUGCACUAUUUCGCCACACGAAACAUCUCUCGGUGGGUUGAUUUUCCCAGCCAUUUUCCCAUAUUAUUCCUCCGCGUAUGGGAUUCAGAGCUUUCAAUACUGACGGAUUUCAUUCGUCUAAAACAUUUUCCCUUGGCCUGUGUAGCAGUCGCUUCGAGGACCACCAGCCCCACGAAAAAAAGAACGCACAAAGCAUAAAAAGAAGAGAGUUGGGGAUGAGUCGACUCUUCUCGUUCCAGGCUCCUUUUUUACCUUGAUCACCA